GAGUAUCCGAUCUGACUCUGAUGCUGGGAAGAAAACUGCUGUCUUAAGUCAUUAAAAUGCGCGUUAAUGAGACGAAACUGCUGUGAAAGAGCUGAAGAUGCGAUUCAACGAGAAAGAGCUGGUGUUCCUGAGCCGCCAGCCGUCAGAGAGAGCGGCCGAGCUGGGCAUGAGAGGCCCGAAGAAAGGAGACGUUGUGAAGAGGCGUGUAGUGAAGCUGAUCGUUAAUUUCCUGUUUUACUUUCGGACCGAUGAGGACGAGCCCAUCGGUGCUCUGCUGCUGGAACAGUGUCGCGUGGAGAGAGAAGACGAUCAGGUUUUCUCCGUCGUAUUUCUGGACGAGGCCGAGCGGAAGUAUCUGUUCGAAUGCGAUUCUCAGGAACAGUGUGUCGAGUGGAUCGAUGCCAUCAUUAAAGCCAGUUAUGAAUUCAUGCGCAAGAACCUGAUCUACUAUCGCACAGAAAUCCAUCGGCUGACCGGAAAGGACCCGCUGGAGCAGUAUGGGAUUUCAGACGAAACACGCUUUCAGGUCAACAGUGGUCUGCCUCCGCUGCCUCCUGCGGCCACAUAAACACACGCAGUCGUCCGCUUUCUCUGCCAGUAUCCAUCACUGUACAUUCUGACCGCUGUCAUCUUUUAUUUUAUUGUUUUUGUGAGUUAUGGGGGAAAUGCGUAAUAUUACUGUAAUGAAUGUCUGCUGAGUUAGAGCCAAAUGCAAUUAAAGCUUCUUCCCAAAAUCAAGGUCAUUGUUAAUGAGGACAAACUGAACUGGGUCGCCUUUUAAAAACUGAUUCCGGCACCUUUAUUGCCUUUUAUAACUGUGCUGUUAAAGGUUUAUGCAUUAUAGUUUCACCCAAAGUGCACUGAAGGGGUUUCGUAGCAUCCAGCUUUUAUCUAAAGCAUUAAAGCCUUCAGUGAAUCAGACCGGAGCGUUUUUACAGUUUCUGUAAAACAUUUUAGCUGCUUUGAUUUUGUGGCUCUGAAGCUGCAUAGCGGUCUUAUUUCACCCCAAAAUCAAAA